AUGGAUCCACCUCCGCUCCACGUCGUCUUCCUCCCUUUCAUGGCUCAAGGCCACAUGAUCCCAAUCACAGACAUGGCCAGGCUCUUCGCCCGCCGCGGCGUCAAGUCAACGAUCAUCACCACUCCCCUCAACGCCCCUCUCUUCUCCGGCAAGAUCCGCCGCGACGCCCAAUUGGGUCUCCCAAUCGAAACCCACAUCAUCGAAUUCCCCUGCGUCGAGGCAGGGCUGCCGGAAGGUUGCGAGAACGUCAGCGCCAUCAGGUCCCCGGACCUCAUGAUCCCGUUCUUCAAGGCCAUGGCCGUCUUCCAGCGCCCCGUCGAGGAUCUGCUCCGAAAUUGGCGGCCGGAUUGCAUCGUCGCCGACGUCGUCUUCACCUGGGCUACAGAGACUGCCGGGAGACUCUGCAUCCCGAGGCUCUUCUUCAACGGAACAGGGGCGUUCGUCGUGUCUGUGCUUCACGCCCUCAAACUCCACGAGGCUUGCAACGGAUUGGAAUCAGAUUCCGAACCCUUCCUUGUCCCCGGCCUGCCGCAUGAGAUUCGAUUGAUCAAGACGCAGCUCCCGCCUUUCGUGAAAGGGGAUCAAUCGGAUAGCGGGAUCCGAGAGGCAAUGGAGGAAUCGGAGGUCAACUGCUUUGGCACCGUGUUGAAUAGCUUCCACGAGCUCGAGCCCGGGUACGCCGAGUAUUACAGGAAGGUAAUGGGGAGGAAGGCAUGGCUGAUUGGUCCAUUGUCGCUCGGCAACAAGGAUGGUACAGAGGAAAAAGCAGAGAGGGGAGAUGUGGUUACCUCCAUCGAUGAACAGGAAUGUUUGAGAUGGCUGGAUGCCAGGGAACCCAAUUCGGUGUUGUAUAUCUGCUUUGGGAGCACAUCGUACAUUUCCGAUGCUCAGCCGUGUGAGAUCGCUGGUGCUCUGGAGUCGUUCGAGGAGCUGAGCUUCAUCUGGGUUGUGAGGAAGGGGGAAUUGCUACCGGAAGGGUUCGAGGAAAGGACUAAAGGGUUGGUGAUCAGGGGAUGGGCGCCUCAGGUGCUGAUUCUCGACCACGGGGCGAUCGGAGGGUUCGUGACGCACUGUGGGUGGAACUCGACGCUCGAAGCUGUGGCUGCAGGGGUGCCGAUGGUGACAUGGCCGCUCCAGGCGGAGCAGUUUCUCAACGAGAAGUUGGUGACCGAUGUUCUGAAGAUCGGUGUUGGAGUUGGAGCUCAAGAAUGGUCGAGAGGUGAGAGGAAGAUCGUCGUGGGGAGGGAAGACAUAGCGAGGGCGAUGACUCGGGUGAUGGUCGGCGAGGAGGCGGAAGAACUGAGGGGCAGAGCUAGGAAGCUUCAGGAAAUGGCUGUCAGGGCGAAUGAAGAAGGAGGAUCGUCUAAUUCUGAUCUGAAAUCGUUAUUGGAGGAACUAAAGUCUCUUAGGGACAAGAAAUUGUGA